CAGGGACGAGCCCGAGCUGCUGGGUGAGGGCGGCAAGGGGCCGGAUGAGGACGAACUGGCGGACCCGGCAUUGGUGAAGGAUCCAAGGCGCUUCGGCCCCCGCGCCACGCUGGUGCUUGCCGCCUGCCACAGCCUGGUGCAGGUGCAGGUGCAGGCGGCGGCGGGGGGGGCAACGGCGGCGGGAGGGGAGGGAGGAGGCAAGGGCGGCGAGGGGGGCUACGAGGUGGUGGGAGAUCCGCUGGAGAAGGCGGCUCUCGAGUCGGUGGGCUGGACCUUCACCGGCGGCCCGGGCGGCGCCGGCUCCGCGGACGUCUCCCUCUCCCCCGACCGCCGCGUCCGCGCCUCCCUGCUCCACCGCUUCCACUUCUCAUCCCACCUCAAGCGCAUGGCGGCAGUCCUGCGGGUGGAGGACGACUCGCCGGGGCUGAGACUGGCGCCCUCGCCGUACGUGUACGGCGAAGGCGCACCCGCGGCGGGGGCGGGGGCGGGGGGUAGCGCGGGUGCUGCCCCGGGUCCUGCUGCGAUGCUGGGUCCUCAGCUGGUGGUGGUGGCCAAGGGGGCUCCGGAGGUGCUCAAGGGGCUGCUGGCCUCCGUACCCCCCGACUACGACUCGCAGUACAAGCGCUACGCGGCGGAGGGGGCGCGGGUGAUCGCACUGGCGCAUAAGGCCCUGUCGCCGGACCUGGACUCCGCCACGCUGCGUUCCAUGCCGCGGGAGGAGGUGGAGUCGCAGCUGCACUUCGUCGGUUUCGCGGUGUUCCAGUGCCCUCUGAAGCCCGAGAGCGAGCCCGCCCUCGCCGCCCUGGCCGCCUCCGCGCACCAGCUGGUUAUGAUCACGGGCGACGCACCGCUGACGGCCUGCUACGCGGCGGCGCGGGUGCACAUCGUGACGCGGCCGGUGCUGGUGCUGGGUCACGUUGAGGAGGACAAGGGGCACGCGGGGGGCGGAGCGAUGGGGGCAAAGGAGCCCGGCUCGGAGCCCGACAGCGCCUUCCGCUGGAGCAGUCCGGACGAGCGCGUCAGCCUGCCCUUCAGCCGCAAGUGGGAGGAUAUGCUGGAGGUGG